AUGCCAGGCCACCAAGCAUCUUCCGAGUCGCCAUAUAUUAUGCAUGUCAAUGAUGACGUUCUCAAAGAGAUAAUAGUGGCAUGUAUGGAAUCCGCAGACACGUACUAUGGAGCUGGUCCUCCCGACGAGUUCAAGGACUUCCUCAGUCUGCGGCUAAAUCUACGUGAUCGCAAACGUAACCUCUACACGAUGAUCCGCGUAUGUCGACGGUUCAGAGACGUAGCAUAUGCAAAUGCAGAUAUCUGGGCCAGUAUCGCCGGCGCAUCUGGGAGUGAAAGGGGAUUCAACCGAUUGGUUGAGAGAGCACGUCGUGCCCCACUCACCCUGGUCCAUUCGAGGGAGCGCACACUAUCGGACACGCAGAUAGACUAUGCUGUGAAGAACCUAGACCGAAUCGCCCGUCUCUCUGUGGAAACCAACGAGAGCUGCGACUGGGCCGAGAUCCUCUCAGGCAAAUCUAUGGCCUCGCUGUCGGCGCUGAGCGUCAGUUCAUUCUCACGGUACACCGUCUCAACGAGGCAAUAUGCCCUUCCACCUCUGGAUGCCCCUCAACUUCGGCAUCUCGUUUUCAGCGAUUCGUUCUUCAUCCCUGUCAUGGCUCCUCGACUACGAAAACUCAAGCUUUCCGGCAUUCGUGUCAUCUUCAUGGAACCUGCACACUUAUUGGAUCUGCUCUCGUCGACCCCCUUCCUUCAGGACCUGUCACUCUCCGAUGUCAUCCCGUCAGCGAUUACCAAAAAAGAGCAAUGGGAGCCGUGUCUUGGACACGUAGCCGUUCUCCCAAUGUUGGAAGUACUCAAAGUGCACGCUGAUUGUUGUGCCACAAUUAUCACCCUCCUGGAACAUGUCAAGCUUCCGGACGCAUUGGACGCACGCAUCACUUUCACGGCCACCGAAUGCGACGCAGAUGUACUCGCUCUUGGUCGCUCACUGCAACAUUGUUUAGUCAACCCUGUCUUUGACACGGUGCUCAUUCGUAUAGAAGCAAGGUUUGUGAGCACCUUCGAGGUGUAUAGCAACCGGGAUCUUGGCACGGUGGAUACUCCUGGCAUAUCGCUGGGGUUGAAUGACGACAAGAAGCUCCUUGAGCACGUCGCUACACUCGCGGAGUUCAUCCUACCGCAUCGCAUCGAGCAUCUCGAUCUCAGACAGACUUGCGAAUCUUCUGUCUACAACACCGACGCCAUGGCGCGCGCGCUCAAAUGGAUCGCGCCCUCCGUGCAAACGAUCUCCAUCGAGGUCGUGGACGGCAUAGUACUCGAUUUCCUCACGGACGAAGGCUCACCCCUUGACUUCUCUGCACUGCGCGAGAUCAAGAUGAAGUGGCCCGAGCAGUCGGAGCCGCAGAGGGGCCCGGACCAUUGGGACGGCUUCCGCGCAUGGAUGAAACGUACGGGCGCGAAGCAGCUACAGACUUUGACCCUGGAGGGUGUCAGUCAUCAUAUCGACCGCUGGUGCUUGGAGCACGUGCAAGCGAUUCUGAAAGAGCACGACAGCAAGUGCACAGUGGUGGACAAGCGUAUCACUUAUGGUGCGCGAAUCAACUACGAGCCCAUUACCGGCGGUCGGGAGAUAUGGGAUUGGUCGACAUGA